CUUCGACUCUUCCUUUCUCGCUGACCCGUCAUUGACAUCAGGGGAGAAAACGUAAAUUUUCAGCAUUUAUUUGCCAAUUUCGUACGGAAAAUCAUUCGCACGCCGCUGCACACUGUGUUCCCAUCAGUGAAGUUCUAGUUAAAGUUACAUCGCAAUCGUAGCGCAGCGCAGCGCUGGCUGGUUAAUUGAUUCGGUCAGACGGUCAAGUGCCUCCAGCUCAUCAGUAGUGCACGUUUGCUGUGAAAUUAUCGGAAACAUCAGAAACGGGUGGGAGGAAACAGGCUUUGGCGGUGUGAAUUACUGCAAAUAGACAACUAGGCAGUCUGCUACGAGAUUUUACCGCAACGAUGGCUGCAUGUUCGGAAAUGCUGAAACGGGAAUUUCCGUCGAUCGACGGAGAAUUGCUGACGUAUGUCGAAGAUGUGCUGCAAAGUGGCGCCGAUGAGUUCGAGAAUGGAGAUGAAGUGUACGAAGCGAUUGGGGCGAUUCUUCACGAGGUUUCGCUGGAGAAGAGCGAGGAUGACAUUAAACAGAUCUGUGAUAUUUUCCUAGAUUUGCUGAAACCAAGAAACGCGAACGGUGACGGGGGAGGCGGAAUGAGAGGGCCGGCCAAAAUUUUGGACGCUCCCAUUCAUUUGAAAGAGAUUGCAGCCUCCCAGGAUGUUGCGACGGAUGACAUACAAAGUAUAUGGGUUGUCCAGCGGGACGACAGUUUGAAGGUGGACUCGAAGAAGCUAGAGAAGGCGGAGGCGAAGCGACAACAGAAGCUGGAAAAGCGCGAGCAGACUAAAACGACUGCUCCUGCGGCGCCUAUACUACAGAUGGCUACCGCAUCGCAAGUGAUCAGCAAGAAGGAUAAUAAGAUGGAAGCGAAGGGAACCAAUCGUUCGAUGGAUAUCCGGAUCGAAAACUUCGAUGUAUCAUUUGGGGAUAAAGUUUUGCUGCAAAACGCAGAUUUGCUACUGGCUACAGGUCGUCGUUAUGGGUUUGUUGGUCGCAAUGGUUUGGGUAAAACAACACUGCUGAAGAUGAUAUCCGGCAAGCAGUUACAAAUUCCGAGUCAUAUCUCGAUUCUCCAUGUAGAGCAAGAGGUCGUUGGCGAUGACACAUUGGCCAUCGAAAGUGUGCUUGAGGUGGACACCGUUCGGACGGAGCUUUUACGCAAGGAGCGAGAACUCAAUGUCCAGAUUAAUGCCGGUUCUAGCGAUCCGGAACUCAGCCACGAGCUGUCCGAGGUUUACUCGCAGCUGCAGCUGAUCGAAGCGGACAAAGCCCCAGCACGUGCCUCAAUUAUACUCAAUGGUCUUGGUUUCACGAAAGAGAUGCAGGCCCGUGCCACCCGAACCUUCUCCGGUGGAUGGCGAAUGCGAUUGGCACUGGCCCGGGCUCUAUUCUCCAAGCCGGACCUAUUGCUGCUCGAUGAACCUACGAACAUGUUGGACAUUAAGGCGAUCAUUUGGCUCGAAAACUACCUCCAGUCGUGGCCGACCACACUGCUGGUGGUUUCCCACGACCGUAACUUCCUCGAUACGGUUCCUACGGACAUUCUCUAUCUACAUUCGCAGCUGAUCGAGACGUACAAGGGCAACUAUGAGCAGUUCGAUAAGACCCGGACGGAGAAACACAAGGCCCAGCGGAGAGAGUACGAGGCACAGUUGGCGCACAGGAAUCACGUGCAGGAGUUCAUCGAUCGGUUCCGAUAUAACGCCAAUAGAGCGGCGAGUGUUCAGUCUAAGAUCAAAAUGUUGGAAAAAUUACCCGAACUGAAACCAGUGGAGAAAGAGAUUGAAGUGACGAUUAAGUUCCCAGAGGUGGAGCCUCUCAAUCCACCGGUGCUGCAGCUGAACGAAGUGCAGUUCAAGUAUUCCCCCGAGAAGGUGAUAUUUACUUCCGUGAAUCUGAGCGCGAAUCUCGACUCCAGGAUCUGUAUCGUGGGCGAGAACGGCGCCGGCAAGACGACCCUGCUAAAGAUCGUCAUGGGCAUCCUGCAGCCAACGGGUGGUCUUGUCCAUCCGCACCGUGGCCUGCGGUUGGGCUACUUCUCGCAGCAUCACGUCGACCAGCUGGACAUGUCGGUGAACUGUGUGGAACUGCUGCAGAACGCAUACCCCGGAAAACCGAUCGAGGAGUACCGCCGGCAGUUGGGCAGUUUUGGUGUGUCUGGCGAUUUAGCGCUCCAGGUUGUGGCGUCCCUCUCAGGAGGGCAGAAAUCCCGAGUUGCGUUGGCCAAAAUGUGCAUGGGUAGGCCCAAUUUCCUGGUGCUCGAUGAACCGACGAAUCACUUGGACAUCGAGACGAUCGAGGCGCUUGGGAAGGCGAUCAACAAGUAUAAUGGAGGAGUGAUUCUGGUUUCCCACGACGAGCGACUGAUUCGCAUGAUUUGCAGGGAACUGUGGGUUUGCGGUGGUGGAACUGUGAAGAGCGUGGAAGGCGGCUUCGACGAGUAUAGGAAAAUUAUUGAGCGCGAGCUGGAAGCUGCGGCUGCGUAGAUUUUAUCAAAAAACCAACAAAACCGUGUAUAACUCCCAAACACAAUUAAUUAUUACGCUUUAUACUUAUAUACAGCAGAAACAGAAAUUACGACAGAAGAAGCGUUCUAACGAAAGAACUGCGGGAAGCGCUAAUAUUUAUUGCUAUUAUUGUUACCCGUGUGAGGAUUGGCCUGAUUAUAGCGAAAACAUAAAUGAAAUGAAAAGAAAUGUACACCAGGUAGAAUUAGUAGUGAUAUAUUGAUCAACGUAAAAUAAAUCUAGCGACCAAUAGUCUA